AUGUCUACUAGUACACUUAUUGUCGUGUGUAUUAUCAACGCAUAUAUUUUAAAUAUAUGUGAGGCAACUAACUACACAAUCGGCUUCAUGAUUGCUUUUUCUGAUCCAGCUGAUUCAGCAACUCUUCCCGGAGAUCCUAUUGCAGGAGCGCUGCCGCUUGCUUUCGAGCAUAUUAAUGCAGGGGGAGUUUUGCCAAAUGGCGACUUUGUUGAAUGGCAAUUCAUUGAUACACAGUGUGACGUAUCUAUUGGGCUAGAAGCUAUUGCAGACCUUUGGAAAAAUAAUGCUGUUGGAGUUGUCGGACCAGGCUGCUCUUGUGACUACGAAGCUAGGCUCACUUCUGCUCUGGAACUUCCAAUGUUGGGUUAUGGUUGUGACGAUCAGAAAGUUUCUGACAAGGAAUUGUAUCCGUACUACGCCCGUGUUUUGCCGUCUAGCAGAGAUAUUGCGUACACUCUAUUGGAGACAGUAAGAAUGUGGAAUUGGGAAAGGGUGUCUUUUAUUGUUACCAACGACACGAAAUGGAUGUAUACUUACAAUUUUGUGAAAGAGUUAUUUGAAGAUAUGAACAUCGAAACCAACCACGAAAUAUUUAUAGAACCUGGAUAUGACCCAUACGUGAAAGUCUUUAUGUACUACGAGACGAACCUACCAACUGAUGAUAACGAUUGUUAUUUAGGGGAGAGAAAUGGAAUGGAACUGUACUUCUGCUACGAAAAGAAUCCGUUUGAUGAUAUCAUUGCUGCGACACGAAACACAACUCGAAUUUAUGUUUUCCUUGGUGAGUAUCUCACGCUACGUCGUUUUGGUAUACAAGCACUCCUUAAUGGCUUAUUCGAUAAAGGUGAAUACGCAAUUGUUGGAGGGAUUAUGGAUUUCAUGGACAGAAGGACGCAGGAAUAUCAUUAUAUCGUAGUAAAUGGUUGGUAUAUUGACGAUGACCAAGUAGACCUAGCAGCUGAAGCACUUGAUAGUAUUUUAUUAGUGGCGCCACGAGGCCCCAAAUACGACUUACCGUACGAUAUGUUCACCACCUAUUCGUCAGCGCUGGUUCGACAAUUUGGAGGCGUUGGAAAUCCAAACCACUGGACUACCAUCGGAUCCUAUUUGUACGAUGCAGGAAUUAUCAUGGGUAAUGUUCUUGGUGAGAUUCUAGCCGCUGGAGAGGAUCCUCACGUUGGAUCAAAUUUCAUGACCAAACUUUUUGACAGGACUUACCAAAGUAUAAUGAAUUUUGAGGCAAAAAUUGAUGUCAACGGAAACGGAGAGUGUGACUUUGAACUUAGAGAUUGGAAUAUUAUCAGCUACGACGACGGCAUGGCUGUGGUUGGGGAUUUUGGAUAUGUUUCAAUGGGCAUUUUUAAAGAAGUUGUUGAUGGUGUAUGGGAGUACCAGUCUUUCAACGAUUCCUUAUCCUUCAGAUGGCCGGUUCGAGGUGAACCUCCGCUGGAUAGGCCUCCCUGUGGCUACCAUGGCGAAUUGUGUUUGACUACAAAGGUAAAGCUGUAUCUGGGAACCUGUAUUCCUGCAGCAUUCGUGUUUAUUGCAUUGGUUUUGGCGUACUACUACUACAGGAAGAAGAAGUAUGAGACCGAAUUAGAUAGUUUAGUUUGGAAGGUAAACUGGGACGACUUGCAGACUAAGGGAGACGAAGUAAACAAGCAAGGAUUUUCAAUGAAGAGUAUGGUAAUGAGCACCAUUUCAGUAAUAACCAAUCAGGAACAGCAGCAGAUAUUUACGAAGAUUGGAACUUACAAGGGAAAUAUUUGCGCAAUAAAAGCUGUAAAUAAGCAUACCGUUGAGUUGACAAGGGAAGUCAGGAAAGAACUUAAAAAUAUGAGAGAUGUGCGCCAUGACAACGUGUGUCCCUUCAUCGGAGCAUGCGUCGAUAGCCCUCAUAUUUGCAUCCUGAUGCAAUACGCUCCAAAAGGCAGUCUACAGGAUAUCCUUGAAAACGAUGACAUAAAACUUGACACUAUGUUCCUUGCAUCACUGAUUGCCGAUCUGGUGAAAGGAAUUAUAUACAUACACAGCAGUGCCAUUAGAUCUCAUGGCCAUCUGAAAUCAUCCAAUUGUGUCGUUGACAAUCGAUGGGUUCUCCAGAUCACGGACUACGGACUGCAUGCAUUCAAGAGAGGUGCCAUGGAAGAUCCUGAUCUCAGUGAUCAUGCCAGGCUAAGAAAUCUUUUAUGGCGAGCACCUGAACAUCUGAGGCAAGGAAAAGAUAUGCCGCCCCAAGGAACACCGAAAGGCGACGUAUACUCAUUUUCGAUUCUUUUACAGGAGAUUUAUGCAAGAGCCGAACCAUACCAUCUAAAUGAAGACAGCUUAGAUGACAUAAUACAGAAAGUUACGGCAUCGCUUGACCCUCCCUACCGACCCGAUAUCAGUGAUUGUAAUGAAACGGCACCCGAGUGCAUUCUGACGGUGAUUCGCAGUGCCUGGCAGGAAGUCCCAGAAGACAGGCCUAACUUCCUUGAAAUCAGAGAGCUUCUGAAACCACUACAGAAAGGGCUGAAACCAAACAUUUUGGACAACAUGAUAGCCAUCAUGGAGAGAUAUACUAACAACUUAGAAGAGUUGGUAGAUGAGCGCACACAGGAACUGCGCAAAGAGAAAGCAAAGACAGAGCAGCUGCUUCAUCGAAUGCUGCCACCGUCCAUUGCUUCGCAACUGAUCAAAGGCAUAUCUGUGUUGCCAGAGUCCUUCGAAAUGGUUUCCAUCUUUUUCUCCGACAUUGUCGGGUUCACUGCACUGUCUGCUGCUAGCACGCCAAUCCAAGUUGUUAACAUGUUAAACGACCUGUAUACUUGCUUUGACGCCAUCAUCGCCAACUACGAUGUGUAUAAAGUGGAAACAAUCGGAGACGCUUACAUGCUGGUGUCGGGUCUACCGGUUCGCAAUGGCGACCGUCAUGCCGGUCAGAUUGCCUCCACAGCAUGGCAUCUUCUGGAGUCAAUAUCGUCAUUCAGAGUCCGCCACAAACCUGAUGAGGUUCUGAAGCUCAGAAUUGGUAUUCACUCAGGUUCAUGUGUUGCUGGAGUUGUUGGUUUGACUAUGCCUCGUUACUGUCUUUUUGGAGAUACCGUCAACACAGCAUCUCGUAUGGAGUCUAACGGCCUACCGUUAAAGAUUCACGUUAGCCCAGAAUGUCAAAAAGUGCUUGUUAAACUUGGCGGAUACGAACUCGAGGAACGUGGUUUGGUUGCUAUGAAGGGCAAAGGUGAAAUAAUGACGUACUGGAUGGUAGGACAAAACCCAGAAUACAAAAUCGAGCGAAUAAAACCCCCAAAACAAGACAUUUAGGUCCAUUAACAACGAUGAGGUUUCACCAAAUAUAUGAUUAGCUUCUUAGUAACUAUAUGAAUUUACAGAGCAAUGUUGUUUUUUUUUUGUGUUAAUUUUAAUGGUGUAAUUAAAAAGCAAUACUGUACAUACUAAUUAAAUGAACCCAUUAACCAGUGAUGGUCACUCAAGUUAUGUGCGUAAUCGUAAAUAUCGUGAUGUACAUCGUGAGUUACUCUAAGUGCAUUAUUUAUUGGCUCCUUCAAAAUUGAAAUGUUUUAUAUAGGUUUUGUGUUUCUGACGCAGUUAGUCUUUUGUUCUUAACAAGUUUCAUCUAAAUUGUCAUGUUGAAUGUUUUCGUGUUUUGAUGAGAUUUCGAAUUACAGUACUGUAGUACAACUGUACCUUUA